AUGCAGACUGGGUUAUCAAACAUGAAUCAUCACGAGUCUCAGCUGAAAUGGUACAGAUACAUUUGGAUAUUCGCAUCCAACUACAUGAUAUACAACACAUUCACUACUCAGUGA